CACGGCUGGCCUUAACCAAUGGCGGGUUGCGGCGGCGAGCCAGGCCUGUGGAGGUUUUUUUUCCCCCUCUUUUUUUUUUUUUUCCUUUUUUGCCCCCGCCUUUGCCAGUGAACUCAUGAGUGAAAUAUGACAUUCCGCCCGUAAAGAAAAGAGGGCGAGGAGGAAAGGGCGAGGGAGGGACGGAGGGGGAAAAUUUAAACCUGCAGGCGACGAACUCCGGGCUUGAACCCUUCCUGGUUUCAGAAUCUGGGGAUUAGAAAGGGCGGGGCCGCGCCGAGCUUUUCUCAAGUUUUCGGCUACUGCAAAGAAGCCUUUGAGGAGCUCGGCGUUGGGGCAGAUUGCAUUCCUGCCCUCGAGAAGACACUGCGAAAGAUCGCAGCGGCCCAACGUCUCCUAGCCUCGGCGCGAUGGAGGAGGACGGAGUGCAAGCGGAGAAGAGCAGCGCCUACGUUUCCCCCAACUCCGAUGGGCCUCUGGAUGCCAGCAAUCCCAGCCCGGUGCCCUCGGGCAGCCGCAGCCCCAGCUUGCUGCCGCCAGCGCCGGGCGAAGCGAUUCGGGACAGCUCGCAAGUCAACGCCAUCACGGUGCUGACUCUCCUGGACAAGCUGGUGAACAUGCUCGACUCGGUGCAGGAGAAGCAGCAGAAGAUGGAGCAGCGGCAGAUCGAUCUGGAGGGCUCGGUCAAGGGCAUCCAGAGCGACCUGAGCAAGCUGUGCAAGAACCACACGUCCACCAGCAACACGGUGGCCAAGCUGCUGGAGAAGUCGCGCAAGGUCAGCGCCAACACGCGCGAGGUGCGCGAUCGCAUGGACCGCCAGUGCGCCCAGGUGAAGCGCUUGGAGCACAACCACGCGCAGCUUUUGCGCCGCAACCACUUCAAGGUGCUCAUCUUCCAGGAAGAAAAUGAAAUCCCUGCCAGCGUAUUUGUGAAAGAGCCUGUUCCCAGUAUUACUGAUGGGAAGGAAGAGCCUGUCGAUGAGAACAAAACCUUGGAAGAAACCUUGCACACUGUGGAGUUAUCCUCAGAGGAUGAGGUGCCCCACGAUGACCUUGCAGAAGACAGCAUGGAUGAGAAAAUAGAGGAGUCCAGAGCUGAGAAAAUCAAGAGAUCAAGCCUUAAAAAGGUCGACAGCCUGAAGAAAGCAUUUUCCCGCCAAAACAUUGAAAAGAAGAUGAACAAGAUUGUCUCUCCUGAACGGAGAGAGAAGAUCAAGAAGUCUUUUACCCCUAACCAUCAGAAGUCUUCAUCAAAAAGCUCAUCUUUCAAGGUCUCUCCCCUGACAUUCAAUGUGAAGAAAGUCCGUGAUGGAGACACAUCUAUAGAAGUAGAAGAUAAGCCAGUGGAAGCCACUGGCAGUGAGCAUGCAGCCAGUGAAGAGACCACCCUCACUUCAGAUCUGGUCUUUUCUACUUCUCCAGCAGAAGAAGGAAAAGCCUUUGCUGAUUCCUUGGAAAAAGAGUCGGGAAGUGAAGGAGAGGUGGUGAUCAACAACAACAUUGAGCUUGCAAUUGUUGAAGAAGAUGAUGACUAUAGAGCUUCAUUAGAAAUCAGACAAGAACUUUAUGAGGAAAGAAGCAAGCCAACCAGUGAAGAAAUGGAAUAUUCUGAAGAAUCCAAUCAAGCAGCUGUCCUCCACGUAAACCAAACAUCGUAAAUUGCCUGUGUCCUUUCUACAAAUGAUAUUUUUAAUUAUAUCAGUCACCAGAAUAUGUCUGGUAUACUAUAAAUGUCGGGUCUCAUAGUGCAUCACAGUGGAAUUGUUGGUUUUAAAGCAUAGAUUUCCUUACAAAACUGUUUUGUUCACUCAAUUAGCAUUGACUCUCACAGUCAAAAGUAGGGCUGUUCUCCAAAUAACACGAAAGCAGAUUUCUUGGCAUUUCAUGACCAGCUUUAACAUCUUUCCAUCUCCACUUCAACCCUCUUCCUACUUUCUAAUGUUUCUUCACUUUACCUAGAAUGUGUUUAAAAGAAGUGUUCAAGACAAUUAAGCAAUUUGAUAAAAGACAUUACCUAUUCAGUCUCUUUUAAAUUGUAGUUAAGAAUAUAAGCAGUACCCUGCUAGAUCAGACCCGUUUGCCCCAUCUAGUUCAGCAGAAUGUUCUCUGGCCAACCUACUACAUAAGGAAGCUCAUUUGUCUCCCAACAGAUUCAGGGAGGUCACACCGCUAUCAAUUCCAUGAUCCCCAAGACUUCCAUGAAUUGAUCCAACCUUUGUUUUUUUUUAAGCCAGCCAAGCUGGUAGCCAGCACCACAUCUCAUGGUACUGAAUUCCAAAGUGUAAUUACGGGUUGUGUAAAAAAAAAAAAAAGUCCUUUGGUCAGUCCUGAUUCUUCCAAUGUAUUCAAUUUGGCUCUAGCAUUUUGGGAAGAGGAAAAGAGCUUUUCCUUGUCUACUUUAUCUAUGCCAUGCAUAAUUUCAUAGUUAAAGAGUUAUUGAAGAUUUGCAUAGAUCCAUGACCCUCAUCCCCAUCUACAAUCAGCUCUCAGUGGAGAAGGCAUGACUAUUAAAUGGUGCAAGAAUGAUCUUAUUUUUUCAAAUACAGAUCCCAUGUUUUCUUCAAUCUAGACUGUGAGCUUGCAUUGAAAAGACACUUUCCUGCAUUCUGCUUGGCUCAUUGUCCUGGAGAAACUGUCUCUUUUAGAGGGAACUGUAAAAUCCAUUGCAGUAUCCUCUUUGCCUGUUAACUUUCUCUUACUAACUGCUUUUAAAGUUACAAUCCAAUUAUAAGCUAAACUCUUCCCCAUCUAUGCAAUUCAUCGCCUUUUCCUAACCUAUGGAAUCCUCAAAGUUUGUAAUUUCCAUUCUUGAUGUGCUGUGACUAUCCCAGCACAAAGUAAGUGUGAACUUCAUGUGACAAGAGCUAGUACUGAAAAUGCAGGAGUGAAUUACUGAAAAGUACAGCUUUUGACAGUAUACUUAUACACAUUAUGUGCAAAUGCACUGGAAAAGAUAUUUUUAGCAUACACAAUUGAUUUGAGAAACAAAUUACCGUGAGGAGGCUGUACCUCAACAAAAAAUGAAAAUGGGAUUUUUACUUCCUUAUCGUUGUUAGGUCCCUUACUUAAUUAAUAACUGUUGAUACAGAACAAUUAGGCAGUUGAGUUUUCUGCCUAAUAGUGUCUGCAUCAGCCUAUUUUGUUUUAUUGAUGUUGAGAAUAUUCCUUUAUCCACCUCAGCUUCUUGCAAAAUGAGCUUUAGUUUUGUUUUGUCCUUUCAAAUAAAAGGAAAUCAAGUUCUUGUGAAACUACAGGUAGUCCUCGAGUUACAACAGUUCAUUUAGGACCAUUCAAAGUUUACAACAGUGUUGAAAAAAGUGACUUAUGACCAUGUUUCACACUUAUGAUCCCCAUAAUCAUGUGAUCAAAAUUAAAAUGCUUGGCAACUGAUCCUUAUUUAUGACGGCUGCAGUGUCCAGUGGUCAUGUGACCACUUUUUGCAACCUUCUGACAAGCAAAGUCAAUGGGUUUCACCUAACUGUGUUACUAACUUAACAACUGCAGUGAAUCACUUAACAACUGUGGCAAGAAAGGUGUACAGUAGAGUAAAAUUCACUUAACAACUCUCAUUUAGCAAAAGAAAUUUUGGGUUCAAUAAUAGUCGUAGGUCGAGGACUAUCUGUAUAGUGCAGUCUUAUAGUUUAUGUUCUGAAGUCAAUCCUACCAAGUCUGUUUGGACUUACUUUCAGAUGUAGGAUUACAGCCGUAGUGUAGUAAUGAAGUAAUAGUAGUAAUCAAAGGUAAUAUAUGUUAAGAUCUAUUGUAGAUUUUUUUUUCAUGUGUACCUUCCCAUCAUGGAACAACAUUUUUCCCCCUCAAUUGGUGGAGUGAUAAGAUACAUGUCUAGACAUAAAACUAUGAGAUCAGUAAGAUGCAUAUCUUGUCUUAGUGUCUAAAUUGAAAAUAACAUGGUAUGGUUAGGGUGUGUCUGUGCACCGCAGAAACUGAUGGUCUACAACUCUCAUUAGACCCAGCCAGAAUAGUCAGUGAUCGGGGUUGAUGGGAGAAUAUCUUCUAUGUUUUCCCCGACUGACAUAGGGCAAACUAUGUUGAGGAACACACAAAGGGAAAUAGGAUCUCUUACUUCCUUAUCUAGUUCCAACAUAAUGUUCAAAACGAGGAGGGGAUUCUAUUCUUUCCUAGUCGAGAAAGUUGCAUGUACUAUUUUGCUCAUGUGCCAAGACUGGCAUUCCUCCUUCCAAACAUGCACCCUGUGGUCCAGGUCAGGUUGCACCAUAUCCGAAGUCAGCAAAGAUAUUCUAACCCAAAAGAAUCCCCUCAUGUAGUUCUCCACAACCUUGGCAAGUUGCUUCCCUUUCAGAAAAGCCAGAUUUGCUUCCUGAGGCAGACAUGCCAUCUCUUGAAAGACCGGACUGUUCCUGUGAGGUGCCAUGUUGCUUCACAACUAUUAUGGAAGGCAACAUAGGUGAUGGGUGGGGUAAGCAGAUCAAGCAAACUUACAAUGGAAUGUCUGUAUAGGUGCUUAGGAUAACUUGCUUGCUUCUGUUCCAUGCGGCCUUAAGUUGAUCAUUAAUGUAUAUAGAUAUAUAUAUAUGUUUUAUGUUAGAUUUAUUUUAAGAGAGAAUACAUUUAAAAGAAUAAAGAAAAAUAUUGUUUGCUUAAUAAAAACAAUCAUGUUUUAAAUGGCCAAAGGGAGAUAUAAGGAUAUAUAUAUUGUAAUCUGAGUAGUUCAUAGAAAUAGAUGAUCAUAUAGAUCUAUGCACCAGACUACUGUAUUUAAGAGUGUAGGGUGAGAGAUGGCUUGGCAUAUUGCAAGAUGAUCAAGUGAAAGUUCAAAGAAUAUAUAAUAAAAUAAGAGAGGGGCUAGGAUAGUAAGAUAUGUAUUUAAGUAGCCCAAUAUAUUAUCCCGGGAAGAUAUAUUUUUAUUCUGGGUCUGCACAAUGUUACAGAGAAGACUAUUUUGAAAAGUGUAUCCAUGGAUUAUUUGUAAGCGUAUAUUACUCACACACAAAAAUCACAGUUCCCAUUAGCAAUAUGAAUCUUAAUUUCCUUGUUUGCUAUAGGUGUUUAAGUCUGCAUAGCCACACAAAUCAAUGUCCAAAUGUGGAAUAUAUAUACAUCACCUAGGAAUUGUCCAACAAUAUGAAAUAAUCCUACUGAACAUCAACAGUGCCCAUCAGACUAUAAUUUUAAUUGUCUCUGUUUUAUUUUUAACAUUCAUCAGCUGCACGAAGGAUUAUUAACAUCACCUGGUCAUUUCUGUGUGGUUUGAAUGUUCCAUGUAAUGUGCUUGGAUUAGACAUAUGAGAACAGUUCUAAAAGUGGAACAAAUUAUUCCAUUUUUAGCUGGUGACAUCAGACGAUUUGAUGCCAUGUUGGAAUUUUUGUUUGAGAUUUUUAAAAAUAUUGACUUGAGUGAUAAAAGGCAAUGAAUGUGAUUCUGAAUGGAUUUCUUCUGUGUAAAACAAAUAUCAGCUCUGCCUGUGGGCAGUUAUGUUUCAUUUCAGGAGGGUUUUGUAUGUGAAAAUUUCCCACUGAACAGGAUGGGGACGUUGCAUCCAUCACAUUGGGCACCCUGCAAUACAUAGUAGAUUUCACAGCCAUGUAGAACCUGGAAAAAUUCUGCAUACGAGAGGCAUUGUGACCAAACUAUUCAGAAGUGAAAGUGCAUUCCUACAGCAUGUAUUCAUUCUAUUUGAAUUCUUCAUUCCUCUUAAUCAGAAGUGUAAUCCAGCAAUAUAUAAAUGCCUGACAAUCUUAUAUCAAUAUACAUAUAUAUAUAUAUACAUAUAUAGUAUAUAAUUCCCCUUUUAAUAUUGAUAUACUUAACUUUUGCAUAAAUUGCACUAGAAAUUUGUGGGUUUCCCCCAAUAUAUUUAACACUGCGAUUUUGUUUCAAAAAGUUUUUUUAAGAGACUAUAUCUAUGUUAGUAAGCAAUUCCAAAUGGAGUAUCUCAUACAGUCAUUUAAUGUAGUAUCACAUUAAUGGAUAAUGGAGUAUCACAGUCAUUUAAUAUGUCUCUGGAUGUUGAUCAGAGUUUAUUUCCAAGGAGGAUUUUUUUUGACAGUUAAACUUUUUUUAAUAAUUGCAAUAUUAUGAGAGAGUUACAAUCAAUAGAAAUAACUGCAAUAUAAUUACACAUUUGCCUUCAUUUGAUUUAAUAUCAGUGCCUGUUACUAACUACAGAUGUGUUCAGCUAAAUAAAAAGCAAACUGAAUUACA